UGCAUCGCGCGGGGCAUGUUGCUAGUAGGCCUUAUGAAGUAAAGUCUGCGUCUUUCACCUACCAAAGUUUGACAUCUUUGAAGUUUCACUGUUUCAGUAUUCACAGAGAAGAUGCUUCCACUAUUUCUCCGCCCGCCCAAAACCCUCCCGACCCUCCCACCCAAAACCCUCAUCUCCUCCUUCUUCUUCUUCUCCUCCCAACCCAAACCCCACCACGAAACCAGCAUCGGCUCCCCCGCCAGAGUCCAAAAGCUCAUCGCCUCCCAACCCGACCCUCUCCUCGCCAAAGAAAUCUUCGACUUGGCCGCCCGCCACCCCAACUUCCGCCACUCCUACUCCUCCUACUUCACCCUCAUCCUCAAACUUGCCCGCGCCCACUACUUCUCUCUCGCCGACGACCUCCUCCUCCGCCUCAAGUCCCAACCCUCCCCCGCUCUUUUCACCCACCUCAUCCAAAUCUACGGCGACGCCCACCUCCCCCAGAAGGCCCUCCGAACCUUCUACACGAUGUUCCACUUCAACUGCCACCCCUCUGUCAAGCACCUCAACAGAAUCCUCGGCAUCCUCGUCUCUCACCGCAACUUCCUCCGCCCGGCUUUCGAGGUCUUCAGGGACGCCCACCGCCGCGGCGUGGCGCCCGAUACGAAAUCCUACAACAUUCUGAUGAGGGCGUUUUGCUUGAAUGGGGACUUGAGCGUUGCGUAUCACUUGUUCAACAAAAUGUUUGAGAGGGAGGUGUUGCCGGACGUGGAGUCGUACCGGAUUCUAAUGCAGGGGCUGUGUAGGAAGGGGCAGGUGAAUACUGCCGUGGAUUUUCUGGAGGAUAUGAUGAAUAAAGGUUAUGUUCCGGAUUCGUUGAGUUAUACAAGUCUGUUGAAUAGCCUGUGUAGGAAGAAGCAGCUGCGCGAGGCGUAUAAGCUUCUUUGUAGGAUGAAGGUCAAGGGGUGCAAUCCCGACAUUGUGCAUUAUAAUACUCUGAUUUCGGGGUUUUGUAGACAAGGGAGGGCGGUGGACGCAUGUAAAGUUCUUGAGGAUAUGGAGUCUAAUGGGUGCUUGCCGAAUUUGGUGUCUUAUAGGACAUUGGUUAGUGGGUUGUGUAAUCAGGGGAUGCUUGAUGAGGCCAAGAGGUAUAUGGAGGUGAUGAUGUCGAAGGGGUUUUCUCCGCAUUUUUCGGUUGUUCAUGGUUUGGUUAAGGGGUUGUGCAAUGUGGGUAGGAUUGAGGAUGCUUGUGGAGUUAUGGUGGAGCUACUGAGGCAUGGGGAGGUUCCGCAUAGGGAUACUUGGUUGACAAUAGUUCCGGGGAUAUGUGAAGAGAUUGAGGUGGUGACAAUGGAAGAAGUUGUGAGAGAGAUGAUGAAGGUAGAGAUCAAGCCUAGCACCAGAAUAGUGGAUGCAGCUUUAGGUUUGGAGAACUACUUGAUCAACAGAAUUCAUGCCAGUAAAUCAAGGAGGGCUUGAAUGUUUCGUGGUAUGUGGUUUAGUGUUUAAUUUCAUUGAACUUCUCGUAGAAUCUAGCAUGAGCGUUGAAGUUAUUAUCUGUACUUUGUUGUUGUUCACUAUAUCUGGAUAUCUGGUGAAUGGUGAUCCUCCUACAUGUUACAAAUACUCUUGCAUAGUCCUUGUUUAAAUUGCACAUAACAUGCAUGUUCGUAGGGCGAUGUUAUCUAUGUGCUGCAGAGUUGCUUGCGUAGGGCGAUAUCCACUUUGAAUAUCAGCUCAGUGAUUGCUGUGUUGAGUGGCGCCAGUGGUUUGUUGAGUAAUGAGUACCAUGAGACUUUGCAACAGAAAAUGAGAAAGGCCAAUCUUGGCAUGAAGCUGUUCAUGGGUGGUGUUGGUGUUCAAAAGACCCGGAACAGAGAUUGCCACAGUUUUGAAUAACAUGGAUGUGAGUAGUGAGUAUGUGCUCAAGCUGAAACAUGAGAUUGAGAAGCAGUGUUUGGAGGUAUUCCCUGCACCAGCUGACAGAUAAAAAGUUCAGUCUUGUUUGUCCGAGAUAGGAGAUAUGAGCAACACAUUCAAGCAAGCUUUGAAUGCCGGCUUGGAGCAGCUUGUGGGAACUGUGACACCACGUUAUAUCCGUCCAGUGCUUGAUAAUGUCACAAGCAUCAGCUGUGAGCUGUCAGAGGCUGAAUAUGCUGAUAAUGAGGUCAAUGACCCAUAGGUUCAAAGGCUGCUUCAUGCUGUUGAGACAAAUGCAGCAUGUCUGCAAUCACUGAUGACUGCCAACAACUACGACUCAUUCAUACAUUUGAUAAUUGAAUUCCUUGUUAAGAGGCUUGAAGUAAUUAUGAUGCAGAAAAGGUUCAGUCAACUUGGAGGCCUUCAGCUGGACAGACAUUGUAGGGCAUUGGUGAGCCACUUCUCUAGCAUGACUCAAAAACUGUUAGAGACAAGUUCGCUCACCUCACUCAAAUGGCAACCAUUCCGAACUUAGAAAAAGUCUCUGAGAUUCAGGAUUUCUGGGGUGAGAAUUCAGGACCUACUAACUAUUCUUCUAGUGUACUUUAAUAUAGCAAAAUUUAGAUCAUACUUCUUCCUGUCGUAAGUGCACAUUCUUUUGUCAUAUUGCACUCCAAAUGGGUUCAGAACCUUAAGUCUUUAUCUGCUUGGGGAUGAAUGAAAGCCGCCCUCAUCCCCUCAUUGGAGAAAUUUGAGGCUUAAUAGAAAGCGCAGAUGUAACUCCUGCAGCAGUAACUGACAAGCGUAUAACGAGUGGUGAUGCAAAUGUUGUUCUUCAAGGGAUUGUCAAAGUCCUCAAAAUAUGAUAAGGAAUAGUUGGAAAAGGCUACAAAGAUACAAUGAGGGAGGGAGUCAUGGGGACUAACAGAGCAGAGAGGCCAUAGGUUCCUCCAGAUCGAGUCGGAAGAUCAGGAUCUCCGAGCCGGAGCAGCACGAUCAGCUCAUGGAGUCGAAGAGGCUUCUCGAAUCGAUUGAGAGGAAGAGGCUUCUCUAAUCGAUUGAGAGGAAGAGGCUUCUCGAAUCGAUUGAGAGGAAGAAGCUCUCUGCCGCCGUGGACCACAGAGACCAUGGCAAUGUGCUGAGAUUCAUUAGGCUCUACACACCAUCAGGGAUAGAAGAGGGCUUACAAGCCUAUGUGAGUAACCUGAAUGUGUGCCAUUUCAAGUAUUAGGAGAAGCCAUCAAACCGUUUUUGCGUUGACUA